AGACCAUAGAAAUUUAAAAAAAAUUAUCAUGAAUUCAACAAAGAAAGAUGAACAAAAAAAGACAUAUCGAGUGUUAGAAUUGUUCAGUGGAAUUGGGAGCAUGCGCUGGGCUAUUCAAAGAUUCGGUAGACUAUUCGAAAUAAUAGCAGCAAUAGAUAUUGAUCCCGUUGCUAAUAGUAUCUACAACCACAACUUUGGUCCGGACACUGCCAAAAAUGAGGACAUUCUUGGCCUGACAGCGAGACGCAUCACCGAGUUAGACGUAGAGGUUAUCCUCAUGUCACCGCCGAGCCAACUCUUCAGUUGCAAUGGGGCCUCUGAGAACGUUAACGACCACCAAGGGAAUCCGUUCGUGCACAUUUGCAACAUGCUGGAUGAACUGCACACUGUUCAAUUCAUUCUUAUGGAGAAUGUGAAAGGUUUCGUGCGCUCAGAGUCACGCAAACUGUACAAAAGACGACUUAGUACCGCUGGUUUCCACUACAGGGAGUAUGUUUUGUCACCUGACGAUUUCGGAGUACCGAACACCCGCCGCCGGUACUACUGUGUAGCCAAACGCACCCCGUUCGACACUCCCGCUGGAAGCAUAAUUAAGCAACCGAAUGUUAACCACAUGGUCCCGUUAAAAACCAUUGGUGAAAUAGUAGAACGCGAGGGUAAGCAUCUGGACAAGUAUCUAAUCAAUCUGGCUGUCUUACGGAUGAGACUACGCAUGAUAGACAUCUGCACGCCAGAUUCAACCAACUCAAGUUGUUUCACAAAAUUUUACACACUCUACACCGGCGGAACUGGUUCGAUUUAUUGUCCAUUGUUGAGAGCGGAUUUUGAUUCCGAAUAUAGGAACAUGAGGUGUGCUGAGUGCGAAGAGCAUCGGAUGCUCUUCCUGGAAAGGCUUAAAAUGCGUUACUUCACCCCCCGAGAGAUUGCGCGACUGAUGUGUUUCCCGGAGGAUUUCAGCUUUCCGAGCGGGACAACUGACGAACAGUGCUAUGAAAUACUGGGGAACAGCUCGAAUGUGCUAGUUCUUGCUUCUUUGAUCGGCGAAAUCGAAUAGUUUUAUCCUUGAACAUACAUCUGUAUUUGCUCUCUGAAAUCUGACUGAAAUUUCACUAAUAAUCAACGUAGUUUUCAUUUUAUCCGAGUUUUGAGUUCUUACCAUUUUUAGUUUUAGU